GGAAACUCGAUCAAGCAUCCCAGCGGCGUCGUUGAGAGCGAAAAAGUCAAAUUUGGGUGGCACGAGACAAUCCAAAUCAGGGUCACGUUCGUCAGCGUCCCCAGAGUCGCAUGUUUCACCUAUUGGCAUCACUGCUGCUUCCCUGGCCGUUGCUGCCGCUAUGAGAAGUGCACCGGCUACUACCGGUAGGCCCUCACUGGCAUGUUUAUUUUGUCGGCGGCGGAAGAUCGCUUGUCCACCCCCACCGCCGGACUCUGAGGACCUUACGUGCCAGUUAGUAUACUCUUUUGUGACGCUGGCGGCAGAUGUUCACGAUACGUAUUAAUUCUGACUACAUUUACAUCACUAGACAAUGUCUUACGCGCAACCUUGUUUGCGAGUAUCCGACUCACACAAGGCG